UAAUAAUCUUAUAAGUUAUUUACUUUACUUAUAUAUCAAUAAAUGUAUCAAAUAGAUAAUUCAGUUGACAUUUGGAUUGAAAAAUAAGAAAAGAUGGUAGAACAGGGUUCCUGUGCAGUUUGUCUAUCGCCUGCGCCCCAAAAAUGUGCAGGAUGUCAGUACGUCUACUACUGUUCUAAAGAACACCAGAAACAAGAUUGGAAGCAGCAUAAAUACCAGUGCUCUCCAGUACGAGUGAAAGAAGACUCGCAAUUCGGGAGGUUUCUCGAGGCCACGCGAGAAAUAAAAUCUGGUGAUAUUAUCUUGAAGGAGAAACCAUUGAUAUCGGGACCUGCGCAGGUGACUCCACCAGUAUGUCUCGGCUGCUACAAAUUGCUGGAAGAAGGAAAGACUGUGAAAUGUAGCAAGUGUGGUUGGCCGUUCUGUUCUGAGCUGUGCACUGAGAAACCAGAACACGAACCUGAAUGUCAUUAUACCGAAAAAAGAGGAGAAAAGGUCAACAUAACAACAUUUGGUUCGCCACAUCCGAACUAUCAAUGCAUCACCGUCCUCCGAUGCUUGUACCAGCGGGACCACAAUGAGCCGUUGUGGAAGAAGCUCCAAGCGUUACAGUCUCACGACGAGGACAGGCGAGGCACGGACAAGUGGAAUAACGAUAAAAAGAUGAUCUGCGAUUUCAUAUGGAAGUUCUUCAAACUUGACGGCGUCUUCAACGAGGAAGAAAUAAUGAAAUGCUGUGGAAUUUUGCAGAUCAACGGGCAUGAAGUACCUUUAAUGGAGCCGGAGUAUCUGGCAGUAUACGACCGCAUCUCCAUGGUCGAACACAACUGUCGCGCCAACUGUAACAAAAGCUUCACGUCUGCCGGAGAAAUUAUCCUGUGUGCUGGAGACAGCAUCAAGACUGGCGAGCAUGUAACAGUCUGCUACACAGACCCCUUGUGGGGCACGGAAGCGCGGCGCCACCACCUCGCCGACUCCAAAUUCUUCGAAUGCAACUGUGAGAGAUGCUCUGACGUCACCGAACUCGCGACAAUGUACAGUGCUGUCAAAUGUAAAAAGAAGGACUGCAAAGGCUAUCUUCUACCGGAAACUUUCAUCGUACCGCUCCUGCACAAGACGAAGAAACCUGACCCCGAGACUCGUAACUUAGACAGAAAGUUCUGGAUUUGUAACAGCUGCAAGGACGCCGUAUCGGAUGCCAUUAUACAACAACUCCUGCAGGAUAUUGGACGAGAACUGAGCGUUAUGCCAAAGGGUGAAGCUGAUGCUUGCGAAAGAUUUGUCAACCACUGCAGCGGCUAUCUGCACCCGUCUCACUAUUACAUGACCGAUGUGAGCCUCGCCCUCGCUCAGAUGAUCGGCCAGGAAGAAGACGUAGGCCUGGCAGCUGUCACUGAUGAUAGGCUGCUGCUCAAAACCCAGCUCUGCAGAAAGAUCGCGGAUUUAUUAGAAACUUUAGCUCCGGCGGAAACCCGGCUGCGUGGUUCCUUGUUAUUUGAGCUCCACGCUGCGGUAGCCGAGACAGGUCGUAGGAAAUCUCUAACUGAAGGUCCUAUGGUCAUGCUGGGCUAUGUUACUGAAUCCAAAAAGAUCCUGACUGAGUCCGCAAGACUUCUUCGCCACGAGCCUCCAGAGCUUCCAGAAGGUCGACUAUCCCGUCAGGCUAAGGUCAACUUGGUGCAGAUGGACGAACUCAUUAGAAACCUGUCUGCAGCUCUGCCUUCACCGUUGUAGACUUAAUAAAUAUUUAGA